AUUUUGAUGUGUAAAAAAAAAAUAAACUCAAAAUUCUUCAAAAGAGCUGGCGUAUUGCAUUUCUAAUAUAGCACGUUUCGACAAAAAUUUGUAACUCUCGCUCCAGUGUGCAGACAACAUGUGUUGUUUUCAGAUCAACGAGCUUAUGUAAGCGUGUUACGGCAACAAAAUGUACAAGUCAAUGCGAUUUAUUAAAAAGUUAAAUGAAAACAUAUAUUGCCAGUGCAAACGAUUACAAAAUACAACAGCAAAUGAAACAGAAAGCUACCGCCAAAGAGCCUGGCAAGCGGCCCGCCAGCGUUACAUGAAUUAUGAACAUGUGCACUACAGUUCAUUUCUUGAAAACGACCUGGCGCCGUUGCUUGAAAAUCCGGCCAACAAAAGGGCACCUGUUGUGUUUCCGCCCAUGGAGUCAUUGCGUAAGCUGGAGCAGGAAAUGUUUUCAGUAAAAGCGCCCGUAUAUCCAAACAACUGGAUGGAUGAUUACGAGUUUUAUAAGGGCGCCUGUGAUGAACAAGGCAAUAUUGAUGCCAAUCAUGGCACAGCUGAUGCGACUAUCCCGCCUUCUCUGGUGCCCUGCAAUGGCUGUGGUGCCCAUUUACAUUGUAUGAGCACAUCCUUGCCUGGUUACAUACCCAGUGAGAUCUUUAAGGGACGCAGCAGGACAGAACUGCAAAGUAUCACAUGCCAGCGUUGCCAUUUCCUAAAGCACUACAAUAUAGCGCUGGAUGUAGAGGUGCCACACUCGGCUUAUGUGGAGACUAUAUCACGCAUACAGGAUGAAUAUGCGCUAGCAGUUAUAGUGGUAGACCUGUUGGAUUUUCCCAGCUCCAUUUGGCCCGGCAUGCGGCAAAUUUUGGGUGCCAAACGUCCUGUUAUUAUAGUGGGCAACAAAGUGGAUUUGCUGCCGCGCGACUGUAACAGCUACCUGACGCAUGUGCAGCAUUGCCUCAAGCAGCAGUUCAUACAACACGGCGGAUUUGAUGCAUUAAACAUCAAACAUGUUAGCCUAAUCUCCGCUAAAACAGGCUAUGGCAUAGAGGAGCUCAUCACGCAGCUGCAUAAGAUUUGGCAGUACAAGGGGGAUGUCUAUCUGUUGGGCUGCACUAAUGUAGGCAAAAGUUCCCUUUUUAAUAUCUUGCUCAAUUCGGAUUACUGUCGACCAGAGGCGACCGAACUGGUGCGUAAGGCCACUACUUGUGCCUGGCCAGGCACUACGCUGCAGUUGCUUAAGUUUCCCAUAUUACGCCCAUCGGAUGUGCGUGUGUAUCAGCGCUACAAACGCCUGUUCUCGGAGCGGUCACAGCGCGCUUCCCUAGACCAACUACGUCGUGAUCAGGCCAAGGGGGCAGGUACAAUUACGUCGGCGCAGCUUAUAGGCAAUGUGGGACGCACUUUCGAUCGACGCAUGGAAGUCAACGAUGCUUUUGCCAUCUCCUCAGGCACACAGCCCAUUACAACGUUAAACGAACGCAAGGCGGAGUACAAGGAGGCACGCUGGGUCUACGACACACCGGGAGUAAUGCAGCCGGAUCAACUAACGCCUCUUCUAAACACAGCGGAGCUUUUACGCAUACAGCCUCCAAGAAUGAUUAAGCCACGUGCGUUGCGUCUGGCACCGGAUAUGUCCUUGCUUUUGGGUGGUCUGGCACGUGUGGAUUUGCUGCAGUGCAACACCGAAUGGGUAAAAUUGUUUAUUUUUGCAGCUGAAGCGCUCCCACUGCUUGUCACAGACACUAAGCAGGCGGCAGACAUCUACAAACGAUAUCUGGGCACUGCGCUGCUGGGUGUGCCCAUAGCCGAUUCUGAGACACAGCGCUUGGAGCGCUGGCCGGGAUUACAGUGCAAGCAACAGGAUAUUGUGGUGCAGAGCGGAGCCCAGCCUGAUAAACGUGCUGAAAAACGACUCAACUGUGAUAUAACACUUAGCUCCGUGGGCUGGCUAGGCUUGUUGCUACCAGAGAAUUCAGAAUGCAGCUUGCGUGUGUGGACGCCAGGAGCAAUGGGCAUACAUGUGCGUGAGCCGGCCUUAAUACCGCUGGCGGAUCGUCUAGUGGGUAAGCACAUACGCUAUUCGGUGGCCUACAAUACAGCUAAACCUUUUGUUUUUAGAAAAUAAAUAAAAAUAAUAAUA